AUGGGUGCAAGUUGUAAAGACCAAAAGAAAGCUCUAGCUAUUUGCUUACAAAGGUCUCCAUGUGUUCUUAUAGAGAGAAAUACACCUAAGAAAUGUUUGUCCGAUCCCGAAUUAAAAAAGGAUCUUCCAGAUUUGUGUAUCGCCAACUUCAGGGCAUUCAUGGAGUGUAAAACUGGUAUGUUCGAUAUGAGAAAAAGAAUGAAAGGUAAUGCUCCAUUGUCCACCGGUAAGUAUGAUGAUACUUAUGAGAAUCUAUCAUCAGGAAAUUUCGAUGCUCAUGAAGAAAUGAAAAAAUUGGAAGUCUUAAACAGAAAUUUAUCUAAACAAAGACUCUUGAGAGAAGAGCAAGAGAGGGCAAGGUUGGCCGGGGGGUUGGAAACCGAUAACCAAUAA